UCUCAUUUUGCACAAGUUGCUAUGUAGUUGAGGCUUGUCGGGAGCCCUGGCGUUGCCCAAGCUGCGAAUCAGCCAUGCGACCGAAACCCUUUCACCCAGACAUGGACCCAAUUCACCAGCAAGACGCUGUCUGACAUACGCAGAACUCACUUGUACUCUCAUUGCUCGGUUUGGCUCUUAUAUCCAGUUACUCGCUCGACAUCGACACCAUCUGCAACUUCCUCGACCUCGACCUAGACCCCGCUAUCCGCAUUGCUCGCAGCAACCAUGUCGACAGCUCCAGUGAAGAAGCCGGUGAACCUACCAUUCCUGCCGAAGGAUGUCGAGGACCUGGUGCUGUGGAGGAAGCCGAAGGAGGCCGGUGCCAUCUUCGGAGGAGCGACUGCGGCUUACCUCGCGUACGUGUACAACCCGUUCAACGGCUUUACCAUUGUCAGCUACCUCCUGAGCAUCAUCAGCCUGGCGCUGUUCCUGUGGUCGCACCUGGGCCACUUCGUCAGCCGCUCUGGCCCCCCGGUGCCCGAGUUCCUGGUCAAGGGCGUGACGCAGGAGCAGGCGCGCCAGGUGGCGGACGCAGCCCUGCCGGUCGUCAACAAGGCCCUGGGCUACGUGGGUGUGCUGGCCAGCGGCAAGGACCUCAAAACCUCCUCCCUGGUUGUGGUGGGCUCCUACACGGCCGGCCGCAUCUUCGCCCUGGCCAGCCCCUUCACUCUGGCGUACGUGGUGGUGGUUCUGGCGUUCGUGCUGCCCAAGGCCUACGAGGCCAAGCAGGACGAGGUGGACAAGGUGCUGGCGGUGGUGAAGGCCAAGGUGGACGAGGCAGUCACCGCCUUCAACAACAACGUCCUGAGCAAGAUCCCCAAGGCCCAGCCCCCGGCCCCCAAGAAGGUCGAUUAAAGCACAAGUGGCAGCAGCGGGAGCAGCGGCAGGAGCAGGGGUGGCUGCUGUGUGGCUGAAGCAACGACAGCCGCAGCCGGCGGCCUGGAGGGAGGCUGAGCCCGCAGUGCUGUGGGGGGAAUGUUGAUGUCGGGGGUUGGGGGCUCGUGUGCAUGUGCAUGGUAUGCGUGUGUUCUGGUAUGUGUCGUGAUGCGCUGGCAUUGGGUUAUCGGGAAUGCUUUUGCGUUCAAUAAAGGCCAGGCGAUGGCGGGGCGCCUCGGCUGCACUGCUCGUCGUGUCACCGUACGUCUCACGCGCGUAGCUCGGGGGUUGUGACCGUGGCGUGGGGGGUUGUGACCUUGCAUAGCAAGCCUAAUGGGACGAGGGCGGCAUGCCCGGGCUGGGGGACACUUCUGGCGUAGCCCGUUCUGGCUGGUCGUGUGUGUGUGUGUGUGUGUGUGUGUGUGUGUGUGUGUGUGUGUGUGUGUGUGUGUGUGUGUGUGUGUGUACAUAUGUGUGUGUGUGUGUGCCCCGUGACUUUCGACAGGGAACGGCGUGUAGUCGCUACUUGAUUUGAGCUUGAAGAGGUGGCAAAGCUGUGAAAGGUGAAAAACGUGAUGGUUGACUGAUGCGGCAUACAGCAUUACGACUUCCUUAUCGUUCGUUGGAAUGCUUUCAUUGCCCUUGCCCCGUGGUGGCCCCAUGUCAGGUUGGGGAGGAAUUGCACUGGAUCAGGGGCGGGGAGCUUGUGGGGACCGGGGAAGGUGGGGACAAUUUGACGAUAGCUUAAUACUCAGCUGCAGUACGAUGUGCGGCGCGGGGGCUGUACCUCUCUGUAACAACGCCUGGUG